AUGUCUCAUAUCAUGCCACCCUUCCAGUUAUUGGAACUCAGCAUCAUUUCGGCUCAGGACCUGGCUCCGGUUGGUCGCACCAUGCGAACCUACGCGGUUUCAUGGGUCCACCCGGACCGGAAGCUCUCAACAUGCGUCGACACGCAGGGCCUCACCAACCCAACGUGGAAUGACAAGUUCGUCUUUCGCGUCGACGAGGACUUUCUCUGCUCCGAUUCCUCUGCCAUCAUGAUUGAGAUCUACGCGCUACAUUGGUUCAAGGACAUUCACGUCGGCACCGUCCGUGUCCUCGUCGGAAACCUCGCCCCUCCACCCUCGCGCCCCUCCCAGACCAACCGCACCUCGUUCGGCACGCGUUUCGUCGCACUUCAGGUCCGCCGCCCCUCUGGCAGACCCCAGGGGAUACUCAACAUUGGCUUCACCAUCCUCGACGGCUCCAUGCACAACAUUCCACUCUACACUCACAACCCCUCCGCCGUUGGCUACCGCCACCUUAUGGGAGAGAAGGACGCCUACGACAGCCACAACCAUCUUAGCCCCCACGUUCUCGCCGCCGCCAGCCCUAAGCCCGAGCUUCGCCGCACCAAGAGUGACACGAGCUCCGUUGUGGCCUCGGAAGCCGUGGCGCGGAAACACCGAGCCGUGGCUAACCAUAACAGAGCGAACUCCAACAUUUCAGCAUACCAAGUUAACUUGGAUAACACGAAGAAAGGAAAGAAGAAGAAGUCGAGGACCGAGAGUAAUAUCAACGAAGAAACGAGCUCUAUGCUCAGUGACACCGUUGAGCCCUGGAAGAUUAAGAGCGGAAAAGCGAGUCCUCAUGAUGAUGAUAUACUCCACGAGGAGGAGAUUUCGCCACUUCAGCACUACCAAAACGAUGCCGCUUACGAAGAUGUUCAUAACCAGCACCAUGACCACGACGCGCAUUCCGACGCGAACUCCGAUUCCGACAUUAGCAUUGGCGAAAACAACUUUGUUACCGACACAAUGGAGGAAGAAUACGUUCCGGUUAACAACGUUACUUACGAAGUUCGCGCCACCCCAAAACACCAAUUCCGAAACUCUCCAGCGCCACACUAUCUAAAUUCGCCUGCACCACAGUUUAGGAAUUCUCCGGCAAGGCAGCAUAUGAGUUCACCGGCACCGCAAUUUAAGAACUCGCCCGCGCCACAGUAUAUGAACUCUCCGGCAUCGCAGUAUAAGAAUUCUCAUGAACCACAUUAUAUGAGCUCUCCGGCGCCGCAGUUUAAGAAUUCUCCGGCACCGCAUUAUAUGAGCUCUCCAGCUCCGGAAUUUAAGAAUUCUCCGACGCCCCAGUACAAGAAUUCUCCGAAACCGCAGUUUAUGAAUUCUCCGGUGCCACAGUUUAAGAACUCUCCAGCACCGCAGUACAUCAGUUCUCCGGCGCCGCAGUUUAAGAAUUUGCAGAAUCCGCAGUAUAUAGCAUCUCCGAAGCCGCAAUAUAUGGCAUCUCCGAAGCCGCAAUAUUUAGCAUCUCCGAAGCCACAAUAUUUAGCCUCCCCGAAGCCGCAAUAUUUAGCCUCCCCGAAGCCGCAAUAUUUAGCAUCUCCGAAGCCACAGUUUCGGAACUCACCGGCGGUGGUGGCGUCGCAGUUCCGGCAGUCGCCGACGGUAUCGAAACUCAAUCCGAACAGGGGGACGCCGAUGCAUUCGUACGGGAAGGUGAACGGUGGGAUUGAGUACAUGACACCGCGAAGGUCAAACUUGGGGAACAUGGCACAGAUGGUGAUGACGGAAUCGGAGCUGGGACCGUCCCCGUCAGAAGUGGCCGCGGCGAUAGCGAGAAAACCAGUAAUUGACGAGGGGGAAAACGAGAUGGCGGGAGGGUGGAGCUUGGACGGAAGCAUGGAGGGGUUACAGUCGAAAUUGGAGAGAUGGCGAUCAGACCUGCCACCAGUGAUUGAUCAGGGCGAGCUCUCUAGCCACCCGACAUCGAGCACAAAGACGAGUCGCCACUCCCGGAGGCACACGGACGGAGGUAGUACACCGAGUGGAGGGGGUGGUAGGAGUAGGGGUGGGGGCGGGGGUAAGGGUAAGGGUCGUAGUGGGAAUGGGUUGUUCUCAUGCUUUAGCAAGAUCUGCGGUGUUGAAUGCUACGUUGGUUGCGGCAGCGACUCUAAAGGAAAGAAGGGUCGCCGUCGCUCUUCCUCCAUGGAAGACAAUACCAGCAGCCUUCUCUGAUGGAUCCAAACCCACUACAACAUGGGAAUAUUCAUGUGCCUUAUUGAAAAAUGUUGUUUCCAUGUCAUCAAUACACUCUUUGGAGAAUGAGUCUCCAUGGGAUAUACAUGUCAAGUACUCGAGUAAACUAUUUUGUGCUUAAAUAAACAUGCUUGAGUAAGCCUUUAUGUGGCAAAUUUCAAGUUUCAUGUACCUAAACUCAUUGACAAUUCUUGUUUGAUAACGUGGGAAAUUAAC